UNCCCGCCGUGAUUCGCCGCCCGGCCUGCCUGCUCCAGGUCCGGGCCUAACUUUCCCUCAGCCCGGCCCUCCGUCUUCCGGUCCCUCUGCCGGCCUCCAGAACCGGACAGUGACGUCACCUGGGAAAAGUCGGCCCGGACCCUCCGUUAGAUCCGGUCGGAGUGGGAAUAAAGUUUUAUUCUGAGCCGGACCCCCCGCCUGGCUGUCCCGGUACCGACAGGCCCGAACCCAACCGGAACCAGAACCAGGAUUGUUGGUUUACUUGUUUUGCUGCUGGAGGACAUCAUGAGGACCGACUGGACCGAGUGAACCGACCCACGACACCGCGGGUUUCCUCCGGUWCAGGAGGAGUGGGCGGAGCCAAACCAUGGCGGGCGCCUCGGUGAAGGUGGCGGUGCGAGUCCGGCCGUUCAACUCCAGAGAGCUGGGACGCAACGCCAAGAGUGUGAUCCAGAUGCAGGGGAACAGCACCUGCAUCUCUAACCCCAAACAGCCCAAAGAUGGAGCCAAGACCUUCACAUUCGACUAUUCCUACUGGUCACACACCACGCCUGAAGAUGAGAACUUUGCGUCUCAGAAGCAGGUUUAUAAGGACAUCGGGGAGGAGAUGCUGCUGCACGCCUUCGAAGGAUACAAUGUGUGCAUAUUUGCUUACGGUCAGACCGGAGCGGGAAAAAGCUACACCAUGAUGGGAAAGCAGGAGCCGGGGCAGGAGGGGAUCAUCCCCCAGCUGUGUGAGGACCUGUUCCAGAGGACGGGUCAGAACAUGGACCCAGACCUGACCUACUCAGCGGAGGUGUCCUACAUGGAGAUCUACUGUGAGCGGGUCCGGGAUCUGCUCAACCCGACGUCWCAGGGAUCCCUGCGAGUCCGRGAGCAUCCCAUCCUGGGCCCGUACGUGGAGGACCUGUCCAAACUGGCCGUCACCGGAUUCACCGACAUCCGGGAGCUGAUGGACGAAGGCAACAAAGCCCGGACGGUUGCUGCCACCAACAUGAACGAGACGUCGUCCAGGUCGCACGCCGUCUUCACCAUCGUCUUCACCCAGAAGCGCCGAGACCAGAUGACCAGCCUGGACACAGAGAAGCAGCCGGUCCGGUCCAGAGUUAACCCUGUGGUUCUGGUUCAGUACGCAGACAGCGACAGCGGAGACGACUCCGACAAACGGUCCUGUGAGGAGAGCUGGAGGCUGAUCUCCUCCCUGAGGGAGAAACUUCCUGCCAACAAGGUGCAGACCAUCGUGAAGCGCUGUGGCCUCCCCAGCAGCGGGAAGCGGCGGGAGCCCCUCCGGGUCUACCAGAUCCCCCAGAGGAGGCGGAUCAGCAAAGACCCCAAGCGGGUCACCAUGGAGGACCUGAGGAUGCAGGCCGUCAAGGAGAUCUGCUACGAGGUGGCUCUGGGAGACUUUCGCCACUCGCGGCAGGAGAUCGAGGCGCUGUCCAUCGUCAAGAUGAAGGAGCUCUGCCGCAUGUACGCCAAGAAGGACCCCAACGAGAAGGAGAGCUGGAAGGCCGUGGCCCAGGACGUCUGCGACACGGUGGGCAUCGGAGAGGAGCGGAGCCCCCCCACCGAGGAGGGCGGCGGCGGAGAGACGAGCGAGGGGGGGCAGAAGGGAAAGGUGUACGACCUGAAGGCUCACAUCGACAAGCUGACGGACAUCCUGGAGGAGGUGAAGCUGCAGAACAACAUGAAGGACGAGGAGAUCAAAGCCCUGAGAGACAGGAUGAUCAAGAUGGAGAGCAUUAUACCUGUCCAGGACGACGACAUGAACGGAGAAGGAGGCGAGUCGGCGCAGAGGGAGGAAGGCGGCCUUGACGACACCAACGACCUGCCAGAGGUCAGAGUUCAGCGCCUCAUGGACGAGGACCCGGCGUUCAGGAGAGGGCGCCUCCGCUGGCUGAAGCAGGAACAGCAGCGCAUCCAGAACCUGCAGAAGCAGAACAUCACCAAGAAACUGAGAGGACAGAACCAGAACCCAGGUCAGCUGGCCCCCACCGUCCCCGUCCAUCUUCCCGGUACCGGCCGCUUCAUCCCCCCCCAGGAGUGCAAGCUGAAGUUCCCCUUUAAGAGCAACCCGGCCCACCGGUUGUCAUGGGGACCGGCCAGCGAGGCGCUCCGUCGCCUAGGCAACGGGAUCCAUACGGUUCAGCUCCCAGGCAGAAGAGCUGGAAUGUUAGAGCUGAAGCAGCUGGAGCGUUUUCCCAUCAUGCAGUUCUCCCACAGCGUUCCUCCUGACGGCGUUUCUGCUCUGACGCGCUACAUGAUGAGGUUCCGGCUUCACCUGAACGCUGCGUAG